AUGAUGGCUUCAUCACCACAGCCAGUCCAUGUUACAAACGUUCAUCGUCAUUUAACAUCAGAAUUUCAUCCAAACGAAAAAAUGGGAGAUACCGUUUUACCACCGAUUGAUGAAAAUCUUAAACAAUAUCGCUUUAAAACUGAAACUGAGCAUAAUAGUGACGAUGGCGGAUUACAAGAUGAAGAAUUUGAAGAAACACCAUUAUACGCUGCUAUUUUAACUUAUCUCAGCUACGCUAUACUUUGUCUAUUUGGUUGGUUACGAGAUUUUCUUCGGCAAUCCAAUAUUGAAAAAAAACGCGGCGCUGUCGAUCCAAAUGCUGCAUUAGGUUUCGUACCAUUAUAUCAAAGUUAUGAAUCGUUUUAUACGCGCAAUAUGUACACACGCGUUCGUGACAUUUUCAAUCGACCGAUUGCAAGUGUACCUGGUGCACAAGUUGAAGUAGUUGAACGUGUUUCAGAUGAUUAUAAUUGGACACAUAGAUUUACCGGAAAAACAAUAAAUGCAAUCAAUUUAGGCUCAUAUAAUUACUUGGGUUUUGCUGAAAAAUCAGGCCCAUGUGCGACAGAUGCUAUCAAUUCAAUUAAAAAAUUUGGUAUCUCAAAUUGCAAUACAAGAACUGAAAUCGGUACACAAAGAUAUCAUGUUGAACUUGAACAACUUCUGGCAGAUUUUCUUCAUGUUGAAAGUUCAAUUGCUUUUGGCAUGGGCUUUGCAACCAAUUCUCUUAAUUUACCAGUUUUAGCGUCUAAAGGAGAUUUAAUUUUAAGUGAUGAAAUGAAUCAUGCUUCAUUGAUCUUAGGCAUCCGUUUAUCAGGUGCUAGCUAUCGAACAUUUGCGCAUAAUGAUAUGAAAAAUUUAGAAGAAAAACUACGAGAAGCUAUUGUUCAUGGUCAACCACGUACUAAUCGUCCAUGGAAAAAAAUAAUUCUUGUUAUUGAAGGAAUUUAUAGGUUAGUAAGUUAG